GCGCCGAUAAUGAUCCGUAUAAAAGAAUCAAGGUUCCUCGUGAACCGGUGCACUUUAAGAUGUCACGAACAUUGGCGUUCUUCCUUGCCCUUGUGGCCCUGAGCCAGGCUCGCACUCUGCCGAAGGCUGAAUGCUCGUGGUCAAUCAACACUGACCUGCCAACGACCCAGGCCCUGUACAUCAUCCCCGAUGGUCCUCUAGACCUGAAGGGCUUCUGGCUUCCCCAAAGUGGUGAUAUCGUCACCGUCCCCGAUGCCGGACAGGUUCUGUUCGCUUGCCCUGGUGGCACCCUGACCGGCCCUGGCACUGAAGAGGCUUUGCUCACCUGUGUCGGUGGAAACGUGUUCAGCGACGUGAACGGCAACACCUACUCGUUUUCGUCCUUGUCUUGCUCUAGGGAUCCCUUCCACACUGCAAUCAGGCGCAACGGAGCCUCUUGCGAGAUUCCCGGGGCUUAUUCUCUGAUUGACAUCGGUUUCCAACUCACUUCCGGCGCCUUCUACAAAAUCAUCGAGAUCUGCUUCGAUGACGCCACAUCAAAUUCCCUGUACUCCAAGUACACUCAGACCAACGCCAUCGAUGGCUACCAGUCUGGCUACCCCAGACCUGGAUUUGUUCAGGGUGAAUUCUAUCCUCCUGGCUUGGACGUCGAUUUCCAGUACUCCAGGGAUGGACAGUUGGCUGCAGUUGCUCAGGCUGUGGGAUCGACCUCUCUCGCUGGACAGUAUGUUCAGGCUUCAGGCGACUACUUCAUGUCUCGCGGUCACAUGACUGCCAAGGCUGAUUUCGUUUACGGUUCCCACCACCGUGCCACCUUCUGGUUCCUGAAUGUCGCUCCCCAAUGGCAGACCUUCAACGGUGGCAACUGGAACAACCUCGAGAUGAGCUCCCGCACCUUCGCCGCCAGCUACCCCAAUGAUCUGCUCGUCUAUACUGGCACCAACGGUAUCACCCAAUUGCCCGACGUUAAUGGAAACCCUGUAGAUAUCUACAUCGCCUACGAUGCAAACGGUAACGGCAUCCUCAAGGUUCCCUACAUCUACUGGCGCGUCGUCUACGACCCAAUCACCCAGAACGGCGUCGCCUUCGUCGGCCUGAACAACCCGUACAACGACGCUCCUGGAACUGAUUUCUACGGUCUUUGCACUGAUGUGUGCAGCCAGAUCUCUUGGGUCAACUGGAGCCCCUCCGACCAACGGCUUGGUUUCGGCUUCUGCUGUGACAUCAACGAGCUGGCUCUUAAUGUGCCUGAAAUUCCUCCCCUCACCGUCACUGGUCUCCUCACGUAGACGUCGAGCAGAAAAUGUUUCAUUCCGAGAGGCUGUCCUAUUUAAUGUCGCAUUAAAUCAAAAGGGAUCCAGACGAAUUAAAGUACAAGACUCGAUUCA